UCCCGAAUCGAAUUAGACCAUUUAUGUUACCUGUAAAGAGCAGAUGGUGGCGCGUUAUGCAUUAGGAAUGUUUGCGCAGCGUUUGUGUUCAGACUCAUUCUCGGUGGAUACAAGGAUAGUUCACCAUCACAAGCGCCGAGUCUGAAGAAAGGGACCGAACAUUUUCCUGCCGCCCUUUCUCUAUCUCUCUCUAUCUCUCUUUUCAAAACACUUGGAGUACGAUCUCUACAAUAUAAGCUUUGGUGUCAUUUUUACGCAUUACUGGUGGAACUUUGGAGAGCGCACGGAGAUCCCGCAUGUUCACCAACCAACCGGGAUGUUUUUACGCGACUUUAGCAAUGACUCUUCUACUCCAUCGGUGAUCCUAGGCUUUCUCUUGGUUCUUUGGCUCUAUUUGGUAAAGACAUGAACUCUGGAUAUGGGUCUGUGUCUGGGCUCAGAGGUGAAGGAGGAAGACAAGAAGGCGAAGAUCCUCAGCGCACAGAUAGACAGAGAUCUGUACGAAUACGCAAAGAGCGAGAUGAACGUGGUGAAGAUACUCAUGCUGGGUGCUGCAGAAAGUGGGAAGAGUACACUGGUCAAACAGAUGAAGAUAAUUCACAGUCAUGGUUUCACCAAGCAAGAGCUGGCCAGCUUUAAGCCUGCAGUGUUGGAUAACCUCAUGACCUCCAUGAAGUUUGUCCUACAUGGAAUGGGCGUCCUUAGAAUCAACCUUUCCAACAGCAAGAACAAGGUCCACGCCCACUCUGUGCUCUCGUGUGGCCGUUGCUUUGACGAAGACCAGGUGCUGUUCCCGUUUAUAGGCCACGCUCUCUGCUGUUUGUGGGCGGAUCAGGGGGUGCGGUCUGCAGCAGCUCGCGGAUAUGAAUACGAACUCAAUGACUCGGCAUUAUAUUUUUUCGAGAAUAUGGGUCGGAUCAUUGCCCCUGACUACAUGCCAACAGAGACGGAUGUUUUGAGAGUCCGAUUGAGGACUACAGGUGUGAUUGAGACUCAGUUCAAAGUGAAACACCUGGUCUUCAGAAUGUAUGAUGUUGGGGGUCAGAGGACGGAGAGGAGGAAGUGGAUCAGUUGUUUUGAAGAUGUAAGGGCCGUGUUGUUCGUGGUGUCUCUGAGCGGGUAUGACAUGACGCUAGUGGAAGAUCCGUCCAUGAAUCGACUGAAGGAGAGCCUCAAGCUGUUCUCAUCAAUCUGCAAUAAUGUCUUCUUCAGAUGUACCUCUAUGAUCUUAUUCAUGAACAAGAUUGAUCUAUUCCAAGAGAAAAUUCUCCACUCCGGGAGGCAUUUGCGGCACUACCUUCCCCAGUUCAGAGGAGCAGAUUGCGAUGUGGACGCGGCCGCCCGGUUCAUUGCCGCCAUGUUCGUGUCCCUCAAUGCCACACCCAAAAAGCUCAUCUACCACCACUUCACCACAGCAACGGACACCUCCAACAUACAAGUUGUUUUCCAGGUCGUCAUGGACACCAUCAUCAAGGAGAACCUGGAGGCCGUUUCUUUGCUUUGAGUUCUAAAAGAUUCCACUGCAUUCGGAACUGUAACGCCGACAGAACCCAAAAGCUUAAUGAAGACUGAUGGACAAUACAGCUGUCAUCUAAAUGACUGAUUAAUGAUGCAUAUGAUAUUUAUUAUAAAUGAUGCUCGGAACAGAAUCUGUUUUUAUUCAUUUGCGUAAAGCAAUAGCAAUAAACCCCACUGAAUUCUGUCAGAUGCUACGUAAUCAAACUAAUCAAUGACAAAACAUAUAGUCAUUGUCUUUAAUGUUCAAUAAUUAACCUUCAUAAAUCACACAAUGCUCUGUUCUAAGUGUGUAAUACUGCUUUAAAUGCAACAGCUAUAUAUGAAAGAGGUCGUUGAGAGUGGUUUGACUUUAGCCUGGAUUUUCUGUGAUUGAGCUGUCUGUAUGGGUGGUCGACUUGCUCAGCCAUGCAUCCCAUAAUGCUCCACCUGACAAAGAGCAUCGCCCUCUUCCUGUGUUUGUAUGUUACCAUGGUUAAUCAUCACUUAAAAAAUAAAAUUUCCCUUGUGUAAAUCUACAGUUGAACAACCUUAAAUGGAUAAUUCACCUAAAAAGGAAAAUGUUGUCGUCAUUUACUCAUCCUCAUGUCGUUUCAAACUCGUAUGACUUUCUUUCUUCUGUGCAACACAAUGAUGUUUGGAAGAAUAACAGCCUCAGUCGCCAUUCACUUUCAUUGUCUCACGGGUUUGGACCAACAUAAGUAGAAAAGGAUAACAGAAUCACAAUUUUUGGUUGCGCUAUCCCUUUAAGUCUUUUUCCGUUCAGAAAGUGUCCAAUAUCAUGUUGCACAAAGUGUUUGGGUUAUUGCUUGUUUACAUUUUUGUGAUCCAAUGCAUUGUUUUAAAGUUGUUGAAGAGCAUGUAGUCUCUAUGGAUUACUAUUUUAUUUGUCCAUUGUCUCUGACACACUUUGAUUGACUUUACAUCUCAACUGAAUUAGUGGCUGUUUGAUCUUAAAAGUUUUCGAAGUAACAGUGUGAGCCCAUUCGCCAAACACACGUACACUUAUCUUAAUCCUUCUUGUAGCAAGAGUUAUCGCAAUUUCAUAUGCAAAAAAAAAAAAAAAGAACAAAAAUUGUACAUGCAUUGAUUUAUUUUCCUCAUUUGGCUUCAAAUAUCUUCUCAUUUAUGAAUUGAAAAUUUGUUGAUAAUUUGUACUUUUGCUGUUUAAAUGUCGCUUUUCUCUUUUAAAGGCAUUUCAAAUUUGAGUUGCGCUCUGUAAAUGCGAAGAAAACCACUGUGAAUGGGAAUUACACUAAAAUAGUUUUGAAUAUUUUUUUGUCAUGAUUGUGCAAACAGAUUCCUCACUUAUAAAAGAACAAUAAAAACUCUUCAUAUUUCUCAGGCAAAACAAACGUACACAAAGGUGAACAGUAUAUGUCAAGUUUAAUAAAAUAAAGAAAACAUCUGUCAAAGUUUCUGCUUAUUACAGAGUACUCUUAUGAACAUUUAGUACAUCUGGAAGUAGGUAGAGAGGAAACUGGUGGGCGCAAGGGGACAAAAAAAUAAAUAAAAAAAAUAACACAGAAAACAGCAAAUA